AUGUCCGAAGAAAUGUCUUAAGAUGCAAUUGAUUGCGCUAACUAAGCUUUAGAAAAAUUCAACAUCGAAAAAGAUAUUGCUGCAUUCAUUAAAAAAGAAUUCGACAAAAAAUAUAAUCCAACAUGGCAUUGUAUUGUAGGAAGAAAUUUCGGAUCAUACGUAACACAUGAAACUAAACAUUUUAUAUAUUUUUAUAUGGGGCAAGUGGCUGUAUUACUAUUUAAAUCAGGAUGA